CUACAACGCUGCCCCUCCCCGCGAAACACAGCCAGCCUCGCCUAGACAAGACACUGACUAAAAUAACCCAUCAUACGUCACUCCCCAGCAACGCAAGGUGCCCGACCUUCUAUCAUUUCUCUCCACACGAGCCCGUGCCCAAUACCAGUCCAAAGCUAAGCUGGGCAAACCUCUUUGACAAGAGACGACUGGACCCUGGCUUUCCUUCGUCUGAUCUCGUGAUUACUUGUGAUCAUUUUCUCUUUUGUGCCUGCCAGGCUUCUCGCGAGCUUCACUCUCACCUCCUCGCGACACCUGCUGGGACGAAUCCUCAAUCGUCCUCUCCCGAAGUAGCGCGGCCGUGUUAUUAUACCUUCGCGCACUUCACCUUAUAUCCGCCAUGGACGUUUUUGCCCCAAAAGACGACCAAUGCGACCGGCUCAAGACGCCCUCGUAUCUUGAGCUUGUCGUUUCUAUCGUCCUCUUACUCGGCAUUCUCGUGUCCUACCUCCCUCAGCAUUAUCGCAUUAUCUCCCGAGGCACCUCCGAAGGUAUCUCACCUUACUUUGUAUUGCUUGGAACCACUUCCGCUACUGCCGGUUUCGCCAAUAUCCUUACUGUCCCACCGUCUCGUGCUGCCAUAGGAUGCUGCAAAGAGCUCGGUAGAUUCGAGUGCGUCGCCGGUCUGCUCGGCGUUGCCCAGCUAGGCGCUCAAUGGGUCUGCUUCAGCCUCAUUCUUGUCCUAUUCCUCAUCUUCUUCAGAUACAGAGAAGCCAAUGUUCCACCAGAGGAUCUUCGUGGCGAUGCACCCAGAUGGCAGACCGCUGUCAUGGUUGGACUACUCUGUGUCCUUCACGGCCUCAUUGUGGUUAUCCUGACGGGCGUCUUUUUUAUUGCUCUGCCCGAUCAUCUCGUUUUCUGGGCAAACUUUUUGGGAAUCAUGGCCACAGUCCUGGCCGCUAUCCAAUACGUGCCUCAGAUCUGGAUGACAUACCAUUUGAAACAUGUUGGCAGUCUGAGCAUCCCCAUGAUGUGCAUCCAGACGCCCGGUGGCUUCUUAUUCGCAGGAAGCCUUUUUGCCCGCCUGGGCUGGGAAGGAUGGAGCACAUGGUUCAUCUACUUGAUCACUGCAUCUAUGCAGGGAGCAGUCCUAUUCAUGGGUGUUUAUUACGAAUACAUGGCGCGGCAGCAUGGCGGUCAUGCCAACGGCCACAUCGACAGCGCACCACACUCACCAGUGCAGUACUCGAGCGCGCCCCGAAGGCCCCCGCCAGGCAGCAGGACCUAUUCUGAGGGUUGGGAGCGUGGUCUUCCAGGACCUUUCACCGGUCACCCGGAGAGAUACGCCGAAACGGAGGAGGACCUGCACGAUAUCCAAGAGAGAGAAGAGCGUGCUAUCGAGCGGGAGAGCCAACCGUUGUUAAAACCUGGCGGUAUUGGCAACCCUCAUAGGACAUACGACGCCACCGCCGAACACUGAGGAAUUCACCUCUCUUACCUUGCCUUAAAGUUACAAGACGAGUUCAGGGUUGACAGCGAGCAUGUGAUAUACCAUAAUUAUUUGAGGUAUUUUAUUGGUAUUUAGUGAUUACCUAGGUUUGCAUACUUCUUUAGAAAUGUACAUUUUCUUCUUCUUCUC